GCAGUUAGCUUCCACAAUCUACUGAACUUUUGCGAAAGAUGAUCAUUCGGCAAGCUACUAGAAAGCUGAGAGGCUGGAACUUUCCGUUUCGCAAGUCUAAGUCCCGACUCUUUCAAGUUCUACGCUGCUUUCUCCUUUUUCUUUUAAUUGAUGGAAUUAUAAAUGGUUACCGGUUUCGAAAUUACUACUACCGCCUCGCUCUAAUUCCAGACUGGCCAGCCGACUCGCUUGACUUAAGAGAUUAUAUAUGGCCAAUGGAUGACACAGAUAUUAUUAUACCACGUGGUUUCUGUGAAGAGAAAACCUUUUUGCUCAUUGUCAUAGAGUCAAGCGUUAACAACUUCUUAAGACGUCAGGAUAUUCGGGAAACCUGGGGAAACACAUCCUCCUUCAACUAUCCAGUCUUUAAUAAACUCCAUGAGCACUUGAGGGGCUCUUAUUACCCUCCUCUAAAAAGUAGGAUACAGCACUAUGCCGAGUUCCUCACAGGCGAGGAUGAUGUCCUUCGGGCUUCUGUAAGGGUGGUGUUUAUCACUGGACGGAGUAAGGACGUCCAGUACUCGAGGCCACUUCAAAUGGAAGCCGAUCGGCACAACGACAUAAUUCAGGAGGGCUUUAUUGACAGCUACAAUAACCUGACUUUAAAAUCAGUAAUGGCACUGAAACACUUGAAUAACAUGUGCUCCAAGACCACAGCUUAUGUGUUCAAGGCGGAUGACGAUACCUUCGUAAAUGUUCCCAAUGUUGUUCACAUUUUACUUGGAGGAACUGUUCCGGUUUACAAGGUGUCCAAGAAAAACCCAAUAGGUCAUCAAUCCCGAUUAACGGCCACAAGCGGAUUGAUGGUGGGAAGGAAACGGGACGGAGAAAAACCCAUUAAGGAUAUGAACACAAAGUUCUACAUGCCCGCCUAUAUCUUCCCAAACACUACCUUUCCCGAAUGCCUGUCCGGCGGAGGCUAUCUAAUGUCCAUGGAUGUCGUGCAGCGAUUGUAUGUGGCUGCCAUUCGUACCAAAAUAGUCCACAUGGAGGACGUAUACGUCACAGGACUCUGUGCUCAGCGGGCUCGGGUCAUUCCCGCACACAACUCACUCUUCCGCAUUUUUCCCUCAAGGAACCUAUGCACCUAUAAGGAUACCAUUACUUUGCAGUUGCCACAGGGGGUCAGUAUGCACAUGGUGUGGGACUUUGUUUUGAACUUCAGAAUAAAAUGUCCGCUAAAUCUUAAACAGAUUUAUAAAUUUGAAGAUUAUGAAUAAAUAUAUAUUUGGACG